UACAUUCAACUACAUAACUAAUCAUAGAAUCAAAUCAACAAUCAAUCAAAAUGACCCAGUUCUUCUAUCACAUUCUCCUUGCUAUUAUCUCACUCUUAACACUAAAAUUUGUAAUAAUCACAACAAGAAAACUCAAAAACCUUCCACCAGGUCCAUCAAGUAUUCCAAUUAUAGGCAACAUUCAUCAACUCAAACACCCACUUCACCGUACCUUCCACACUCUCUCACAAAAAUACGGUCAAGUCUUUUCCCUACGGUUCGGUUCACGUUUUGUCGUCGUUGUUUCAUCACCUUCUGUCGUACACGAAUGUUUCACAAAAAAUGACACUAUUUUAGCAAACCGGCCACCUCUUCUGGCAGGCAAACACAUCGGAUACAACUACACCGCGGUAACCGUUGCUCCUUAUGGCGAUCACUGGCGUAACGUCCGUCGUAUAAUCUCCCUUGACGUUCUCUCAACACACCGUUUAAACUCAUUUUUACGUAUUAGAAAAAACGAAAUCAUGAAACUCAUGCAAGCCCUAGCUCGUGGUUCUAGUUCUAGUUCUAGCGACGGUUUUGUGAGAGUGGAGUUGAAAACAAAGCUUUCGGAGAUGACUUUUAACACGAUAAUGAGAAUGAUAUCUGGAAAGAGAUAUUAUGGUGAGGAUUGUGAUGUGAGUGAUGAAGAAGAAGCUAAGGGAUUUAGGGAGAUGAUUAAGGAGAUGGUAUCGUUGGGUGGUUCGAGUAAUCCUGGUGAAUUUGUUGGGAUUUUGAGGUGGUUUGAUUUUGGUGGUUAUGAAAAGAAGUUGAAAAGGAUUGCAAGAAGAUUUGAUGGGUUUUUGCAAGGUUUGAUUGAUGAGCAUAGGAGGAAGAAGGAGAAGGGGAAUAACAUGAUUGAUCAUCUCUUGAACUUGCAAGAAUUAUCACAGCCGGAGUAUUAUACUGAUCAAAUCAUCAAAGGGAUUGUUCUGGUCAUGAUCCUUGGAGGAACAGAAACAUCAGCUACAACUCUAGAAUGGGCAAUGUCUGCUUUGCUAAAUCAUCCAGAAGUGUUAAAGAAAGCAAGGGAUGAAAUAGAUACAAACAUAGGACAAGAUCACUUAGUAGAAGAGUCAGACAUUUCAAAACUCCCCUACCUACAAAAUAUAAUCCACGAGACAUUUCGAUUGCAUCCUGCAUUUGCAUUGUUGGCUCCUCAUUUUUCUUCACAAGAUUGCACCAUAGGAGGUUAUAUUGUCCCAAAAAACACUAUUUUAUUGGUUAAUGCUUGGGCAAUUCACAGAGAUUCUCAACUAUGGAGUGACCCAACACAAUUCAAGCCAGAGAGAUUUGACAAAGAAGGAGAAGCUGAUAAGUUGAUUCCAUUUGGAUUGGGAAGAAGGGCUUGUCCUGGAGCAAACUUAGGGCAACGUACAGUUAGUUUAACUUUGGCAUUACUUAUCCAAUGUUUUGAUUGGAAAAGAAUAAGUGAGGAAGAAAUUGAUAUGACUGAAGGAAAAGGAGCCACUACUCCGAAGCUAAUUCCCUUGGAGGCCAUGUGUAAAGCUCGUUCAAAUGUCAUCAACAAGGUUUAUCUAAAAGUUGAUGAAAACAUGUAAGAGAAGGAAAUUCUGUUGCCGAUGAGCUUGCUGAGAAUGGUCAUAGUCUCCCUCAACUUUACUCUCAAUGGUGGGAUUUCACUUUUUUUUAGUUCCUUUGUUAGAUACAGAUAGCAGUAGCUUACCUUACUUGAGACGAUCCUUUGUAUAAUCUUGGUUCAUGUCUCUCCUGCAUUUAUUUGAUUUGCUUUCAUUCAAAAAUGUGAAUGAAAAAUGUUGUGUUUUUCUUCCACACCAAACACAAUUUGCAUUUGAGUAAACAUAUUAAGUUACAACAUGAGUAAUCAGUGAGACAGAAAUGUGCACAAUACAAAGAUGUAUGCAUCAACAUCAUGUUUCCCUUAUCUUGUGUAAAUGCUUCUCUCUUUUUUUAUUUG